UGACGUCACGUGACAGGAGGCACUUGGAGGCGUCAACUGUGAAGAUAGGAAGCGCUACUAUUCCUAACCAAAUAAGCAACAUUAAACCAUAACCAAUGCUGAGACGCCAGCUUUUUGGACGUUAAAGGAUUUUCGAUAUAAUGUUUGUUAAAUUACUAUCCCUUUUUUGCUACCUGCUUGGUACCCCAGCUCUGUUUGGGGAGCGUGUGAACAAAUACAUUUCCAAUUAUGAGGGGUUAUCCUACGACACAGAGGCCUUGCACAACAGUCACCAGAGAGCAAAGAGGUCACUCUCUCCUCAAGAUGGAAACGUUCACCUGGACUUCUAUUCACACGGCAGGCAUUUCAAGCUGCAGAUGAGGAGGGACACUUCACUGUUUACUCCAGAUAUCAUCGUUGAGGUAUCAGGAGAGGAAACGCCCAUUGAUACAUCAUAUAUCUACAGCGGAGAACUCUUCGGUGAGGAGGGGACACUGACCCAUGGUUCCAUCAUCAACGGGCGUUUUGACGGCUUCAUUAAAACCCACCAAGGGACGUAUUUUGUUGAACCAGCUGAGAGAUACUUUAAGGAGAAAAAUGAGGCCUUCCACUCCAUCAUCUAUCAUGAGGAUGACGUCACCUUUCCUUAUGAAGAUGGCUUCGGUGGAGGCUAUGCUGACGAGUCUGUGUUUGAGAGGAUGAGAAAGUAUCAGGCAACUGCUGUAGAUGAGCAUUUCAAUAGUGAGUUGAGUGCACAGGAUGAGCGUACCGAUAUUCCUGUGGUUUUAAGGAGGAAGAGGGCAACAGCAAAUGACAAAAAUAUAUGCACGUUAUUUAUUCAGACUGACCACUUAUUCCACAAGUUCUAUGGCACUCGAGAGGCUGUCAUUGCACAGAUCUCCAGCCAUGUUAAGGCUAUUAACGCCAUUUACCAAUCCACGGACUUCAUGGGCAUUCGAAAUAUCGGCUUCAUGGUGAAAAGAAUCAGGAUUAACACCACAGAAAACACACUUGACCGUACCAAUCCUUUUCGUUUUGACAACAUCGGAGUGGAGACGUUCUUAGAGCUGAACUCUGAACAGAACCACAAUGACUACUGCCUGGCCUACGUCUUCACUAACAGGGAUUUUGACGACGGUGUCCUUGGCUUGGCUUGGAUUGCAAGUCCCUCAGGAAACUCUGGAGGCAUCUGUGAGAAGGCAAAACUGUACUCUGAUGGGAAGAUUAAAUCCCUGAACACUGGUAUUAUCACUGUGAAGAACUACGGCUCGCACGUCCCUUUAAAGGUGUCGCACAUCACCUUCGCCCAUGAGAUUGGGCACAACUUUGGCUCGCCUCAUGACUCCGGGAUCGAGUGUACCCCUGGAGAGUCAACCAACCAAAAAGCCAAAGAACUUGGCAAUUAUGUCAUGUAUGCAAGAGCCACCUCGGGAGACAAGAUCAACAAUAACAGGUUUUCCACAUGCAGCAUUGGCAAUAUAAGUACUGUUCUGGCAAAGAAGAAGGACAGAUGUUUUGUUGAAUCUGGACAACCGACUUGUGGCAAUGGACUUGUGGAAGACGGAGAAGAGUGUGACUGUGGCUACAAUGAUCAGUGUCUAGAAUCCUGCUGUUAUGAUGCCAGUGAACCGGAGGACAGGAGAUGCAAACUGAAACCUGGAAAGAUUUGCAGUCCAAGCCAAGGCCCAUGCUGCAAUGCAGAUUGCUCUUUUAAGGGCUUGAGUGACAAGUGCAGUGCUGAGUCUGAGUGUAGCAAAGAGGGAAUGUGCAGUGGUACAACCGCCUUGUGUCUUACCCCUGAACCAAAGGAGAACAUGACGGAUUGCCAUGAAGGUACACAAGUCUGUCUCAAUGGGGUCUGCAGUGGUUCCAUUUGUCAAAAGCAUGGACUUGAAAUUUGCACCUGUGCUAGCAGCGACAAGAAUGACAUGGCUCAGUUAUGUCAUGUGUGCUGCAUGAACGAAACGGACCCCAGCACCUGUAGCAGCACCAGCUCAGAGAAGUGGAAAACUUACUUCCAAGGAAAAGCCAUAACCCUGCAGGCUGGCUCACCGUGCAACGAUUUUAAGGGCUACUGUGAUGUGUUCCAAAGGUGCCGUCUGGUUGAUGCUGACGGGCCUCUGGCAAGGCUUAAGAAGGCCAUAUUCAAUGCAGAACUAUACGAAACUAUUGCAGAGUGGAUUGCGGAUUACUGGUGGGCGGUGCUUUUGAUGGGCAUCGCACUUAUUAUGCUAAUGGGUGGUUUCAUCAAGAUCUGCAGUGUGCACACUCCAAGCAGCAACCCCAAACUGCCUCCUCCAAAGCCACUGCCAGGUACCCUGAUGAGAAGAAGAAUGCAGCACGCCAAUGCACGCUUGCAGGCCAUGCCACGGAGCUACAGGGGCAACCAUCAAAUGGCUCAGACGGUCAUCUGAGUUGACCUGUUAUUUGCUCAGCCUCUGCUGGCUCAUUUCCAGUGAUUACACUGAAAGAACGUAACUCAAAAAGAGUCACUGUACCUAUUUUACUGCAAAACGUCAUUGCAACUGAAUCAUUGCGCUAGAGAGCAGCGCACAGUUUUUGAAAAUAUCCAAAAUAGAAUUUCACUAAACACUGUUAGGGUCUUAAUCUUUAUAUUUUUGACUGGACUUGCAUAAAAUUUUAAUGUUACCGCCAAUCAAUUUUUUUUCUUUUUCCUGAUUACGGAGUCGACACAGUGAAUCUUUCUUUGAUCAGCACACUGAUUUUUGGAUUGAGCCCUUUAAAUUGCCGAUGCCCUUCCUGACGAAUACCGAUGAUGGUUACCAAACACUGGCUACAGUUGCUAUUUUACAGUCUUUAUAGUCUAAAAUGAAUCAAAGUGCAAGCUUUUUGUAAUAUAUUGCCGUAGUUCUUACAUCUUGAAUGUAAAGUUCUUAUAUAGUAUCUUGUUCCAAUUGUAAUUAGUUUUUUUUUUGUACAUUCACUUUCUCAGGAUUAACGGCAGAAAAAAAUUGUUGGGCACAUCCCGAGUGGUACCUGAAACAGGUGUGUUUAGAAUGAAUAAAAAUGCACUCUUGGGCACACACGCCAUAUAGCGUUGUAAAUAAGGUCAUGUGAGAUUCAUGUUACAUGUUAAUGGUGAGAAUUUGUCAAUUUGUCUCACCACACACACUAAUGUGCCUACUGACGGCUCUAUAGCCUAAGAUGUUCUAUUGUCAGUGACCUCACAAUAGCCUUGUGUAUAUAUACAGUGUUUAAAUUGUGACAAAUGUUUUCAGUGUUGUCUGUGCUAACUGUUCAAAGCGUCUUGCUAGGGGAAAUUGGCUGCUAGAAUAGUACAAUUUGUCCACGUGAAGCAACACCUGCUGCUGUUUGUGUUGCAUGCAAGGUGUGAGGAUGUCUUGUUACGUGGUUUCCACCACCAGACUUGUCAUGUGGGGAAAGAAAUGUUCUAAUGGUACUACACUGGAGUUUGAAACUACUUCUAGUUGGCAAUUUGUACAGUGUAAUUGCAUUUUACUGAAUAUGCUUAAUUUGUAUUUAUUUUGAAUUGAAAUUGAUUAAUAAAGUAUCUUGUUAUACA